GCCCGAACACAAAUGAGUAUCAAUAUGAUUGAGGAUGAUAAUUUUCAGUUUUAUAUUAAUACAUGUAUUCAACAUAGAUGGAAUCGAAUGUAUAGUCCAAUUUUACUUGUUUGUUGGUCACUUCACCCGAAAUAUGUUCUUGCAAAGGCUAUUCAUCCAGAGCUUAUUACAAUUAUAAAAAAGGAAGCAAGCUGUUUAUUUGAGCAUCUAUUUCCUAAUAAGGAA